GCUGGUUGUAAGCCACAGUGUAGGUCCGGUGGAAGAACAGCCAGUGCUCUUAGCAGCUGAGUCACAGGCCCCUGCAGUUAUCUUAUUUAUCUUCUGUUCCAACACAUCUGCAGACGCCAUGCAGGGGUCUCUGCUGUCUCUGCCAUCGCUGCUGCUGUUGUUGCUGGGGUGUGGGCCAAGAGCGUCCUCUGGUGGCGGAGCUGGGGGCGCAGCAGGCUAUGCUCCGGUAAAGUACGUGCAGCCCAUGCAGAAAGGACCAGUGGGACCGCCUUUCCGAGAGGGCAAGGGCCAGUACUUGGAAAUGCCUCUACCACUGCUGCCAAUGGACUUGAAAGGAGAGCCAGGUCCCCCUGGGAAGCCGGGACCUCGGGGUCCCCCUGGGCCUCCUGGCUUCCCGGGAAAGCCAGGCACUGGAAAACCUGGGCUUCAUGGGCAGCCAGGCCCUGCUGGCCCCCCUGGCUUCUCCCGGAUGGGCAAGGCUGGUCCCCCAGGGCUCCCAGGCAAGGUUGGACCACCAGGACAGCCAGGGCUGAGGGGAGAGCCAGGGAUACGAGGGGAUCAGGGCCUCCGGGGGCCCCCAGGGCCCCCUGGCCUUCCUGGUCCUUCAGGCAUUACUGUCCCUGGAAAACCAGGUGCCCAGGGGGUGCCGGGGCCUCCAGGAUUUAGGGGGGAGCCAGGACCCCAGGGAGAGCCUGGACCUCGAGGAGAUAGGGGCCUCAAGGGGGAUAAUGGAGUGGGCCAGCCAGGGCUUCCUGGGGCCCCCGGGCAGGCAGGUGCCCCUGGACCCCCUGGGUUGCCUGGUCCUGCUGGUUUGGGUAAACCAGGUUUGGAUGGGUUACCAGGAGCCCCAGGAGACAAAGGUGAUUCUGGGCCCCCUGGGGUUCCAGGCUCUAGGGGAGAGCCAGGAGUUGUAGGUCCAAAAGGCCCUCCUGGGGUAGAUGGUGUGGGGAUACCAGGGGCAGCAGGGGUACCGGGGCCACAGGGCCCAGCAGGGGCUAAAGGGGAGCCAGGGCUCCGAGGCCCCCCUGGCCUGAUAGGUCCUAUUGGCUAUGGGAUGCCAGGAAAACCAGGACCUAAGGGAGAUAGGGGCCCAGCUGGGGCUCCAGGGCUCUUGGGAGACAGAGGCGAGCCAGGAGAGGAUGGGGAGCCAGGGGAGCAGGGUCCACAGGGACUUGGGGGUCCACCUGGCCUUCCUGGGUCUGCAGGGCUUCCUGGUAGGCGUGGGCCUCCUGGGCCCAAGGGAGAGGUAGGACCUGGGGGUCCUCCAGGAGUGCCUGGCAUUCGGGGUGACCAAGGGCCUAAUGGUUUGGCAGGGAAGCCUGGGCUCCCUGGUGAGAGAGGACUUCCUGGGGCCCACGGGCCCCCUGGACCAACGGGGCCCAAGGGUGAGCCAGGUUUUACAGGUCGCCCCGGAGGACCAGGGGUGGCAGGAGCCCUAGGACAGAAAGGUGACUUGGGGCUUCCUGGACAGCCUGGCUUGAGGGGCCCAUCUGGAAUUCCAGGACUCCAGGGCCCAGCUGGCCCUAUUGGGCCCCAGGGUCUGCCAGGCCUGAAAGGUGAACCGGGCCUUCCAGGGCCUCCUGGAGAGGGAAAAGUGGGGGAACCUGGCUCUGCUGGGCCCACAGGACCUCCUGGAGUCCCUGGUUCCCCAGGACUCACAGGUCCUCCUGGGCCCCCUGGGCCUCCUGGACCUCCUGGUGCCCCAGGGGCCUUUGAUGAAACUGGUAUUGCAGGCUUGCAUCUGCCCAAUGGUGGAGUGGAGGGGGCUGUGUUGGGCAAGGGAGGGAAACCACAGUCUGGGCUGGGGGAGCUGUCAGCACCCACCACGCCAGCCUUCACCGCUGUGCUCACCUCCCCCUUCCCUGCCUCAGGCAUGCCAGUUAGGUUUGACAGGACUCUCUACAAUGGUCACAGCGGCUACAACCCAGCUACUGGCAUCUUCACCUGCCCCGUGGGAGGCGUCUACUACUUUGCUUAUCAUGUACAUGUCAAGGGCACCAAUGUGUGGGUGGCCUUGUACAAGAACAACGUGCCUGCCACCUACACCUACGAUGAGUACAAGAAGGGCUAUUUGGACCAGGCGUCUGGAGGGGCCGUGCUCCAGCUGCAGCCCAAUGACCAGGUGUGGGUGCAGAUGCCUUCAGAUCAGGCCAACGGCCUCUAUUCCACCGAGUACAUCCACUCCUCCUUCUCAGGAUUCUUGCUCUGUCCCACAUAACCCGUGGGGGGCCCUGCUGCCCUGGCCUCCUCCUCUUUAGUGAUAGAGAGACCUUUCCGGUUACAGAGAUCUCCAUUUGAAGGAAAAAAGCAGAACAGAGGCGGCAGUGGCCUUGGCUGAGGAGACUGACCUAUUUCUCCGUGCGUAGGCUGAAGUCGUUUCUGGAAGAGGUUGGCCUAAUUUCCUUUCCCUCGGUGCACUGUGGGGGUUGUACCCUCUUCUGGACCUGCCUGUUAUGCAGACAGCAACCCAGAGCACUCAGCCCAGCCUCCUCGUGAGUCCUGGAAGCUGCUGGGAGAGAUGGUUUUGCUGUUGGUCUUAGAUGGCAUGGAAGGGGCCAGGGGUGCUUCCUGUGUUCGCGGGGCCUCUUCCAGCUCCCCAGGGGCCUCCAGCAUAUGACAUGAAGUUCCUUGAGGCUUUUGUUUCCUUUUGGGGGAACAGAAGAAGGGAAUAGGGACCAUGGAGGUAGUCAGUGUGGCUAGACCCCCAGAAUAAUGCUGUGGACUCAGGCCAGUCCUGGUGGGGACAGUUGUGUGCCCCUUGCUACUGGCCCCUCAAAGACUCCAGAAGCAGCUGUCUGUGGGGAUCUGGGAGGGGUCAGAGGUGUGGAUUAUGAGGCAGGCUGGUAGCUCUUCUGUUUCCCUGGCUCUCCCCAUUGGCUCUGGCUCUUCAGCAUGAGGGUGGACAGCCCCGGGCUGAGGUGUGGAACUCUGUGUAGUCUCUACAGAUUGCAGAGCCAACCAGGACCGAUGAUCGGCAAACACGAGUACUCCUCCCUCUUUCCUCUCACCUGCUGGGGGUGGGCUCAUUUUCUCACUAUCAGACUGUUAGGGGACCCUUGCCAACUUCAAACUAAGUGUCUUCAAACAGAGCACUUCUGUCUGGGCCCUCUGCACAGAGACACACAGGGUUGUGGGUGCAGACUUCUGUUUCUCUUUAGUAAGAACCACGCUGUGGAUAUUUAGUGUCUACUGGAGGGGCUUGUCUGUGGGUACUUCCUCUCUCUCAGCCCUCUGCUUCCAAUUUCCUGUUCUAAGCAGGGUAGGGCCCAGGAGGCUGAGGCUCUGAAGAAAAGGAUGCCAGCAGGCCCCACUGGAAUGAGCUGGCUCUGGAGGCUUCCAGAACCCUCCCUAAUCAGAAUUCUCCUGCAAGGAAACAGGCAGGCUUGCCUCCCAGCCCCUUGGCCCCCAGUUCAGGCUGGGAUCAGUGCUGGGGGCAGGGAUGGUAGAUACUCUUGCCUGUGUAAGGAUGGCUGCUUUCUCUGUGGUCCAUGACCUUCCUCAGUCCUCACCUAGUCAGCCCACGUAACUGUGCCAACUGUGAAACCGGGACAUUGAAUAGGCAACCCAUCUUGUACUCCAGUAUGGGCCCAUUCAACUGCCUAGGCUGAUGGGCUGAAGAUGAGGGCCCAGCCUCCUCCCCUGCAUAGCAGCCCAGCUAAGGAUACUUCCUUCAGCUCCCAAGGGGUAGCCUGCCUGUAGCAGCAAGAGAAAGUUCAGCCGGGGCUCUGCUACACCCAAGAGAACCAACUAGAGUCCCAGAGCAUCCUGAUGGGCCUUUAGUUCAGCCUCCUCCUUUCCUGGGUUGAAGCCACUAAUCUGAUGUGUUAGAGAUGGGUUCUAAUCAGCUCUCAGAGGAAGCCCUGGGGGUUGAAUAAAGUACCAGGGAGCCCAAAAAAUCAUUAUCAGAGCAGAGCUGCCAGACUCCACCCUGAAGCCUUUAGGAAAGGAUUGAUUUUGAAAUGUACAUGAAUUAGAGCUGUAGGUGUCACUGAGCAAUUUUGACAAACAUCAGGUUUUAGCUAUGACAACUACACUUACCUUGUGCAUUUUUGUAUUCUGGCUUUAAAAAAAAUUUUUUUUUAAGAUUAAGGUUUUUCUACUUGUGAUUUGAUUUCUAAUCUGGUGUAGGAAAAUGCCCUAGGGAAUCAGGAAAAUGGGAUUUCUUUUUGAAAAGAAAACUAUAGUAUUGACUGUGUUGACUGUCCCCAAUAAAACCUGUUGUGGAAA